AUGUUCAGGACUGAGCUGGCAGUGGAUAAAACCAAGCGGAAGAAGAGGAGAGAGCUGACUGAGGAGCAAAAGCAUGAAAUCAAAGAGGCGUUUGAGCUGUUCGACACAGACAAAGACAAAGAGAUAGACUACCAUGAACUCAAGGUAUACUUCUACCUACAAGUUACCUUAUAAAAUUACUAGUAUUCUGUUGUCCCCCUUUUGCUGUCUAAUAUGACAGUAAAAGUAUCAUACUUAACUCUCUCUCUCACCCACAGGUGGCAAUGAGAGCUCUGGGUUUUGAGGUGAAGAAAGUGGAUGUGCUGAAGAUACUAAAAGAUUACGACAGAGAGGGCAAUGGCAAAAUAACUUUUGAUGACUUUAAUGAAGUUGGUAAGUUCCUGCUGUGUUGAAUUUCAUGUUGUAUAAUUACACAAAAUUUGAAUAGUUCCAUGCCUAAUAUUAGUGUACACACACUUUUGUUGGUGUGUGCCUUUAUUAAUGUUGCACACUUCCUACUCCUCCUGUAUUCCCCCUCAUAAACACCCCUGCCCCUCCCCCCCAUGUACCUCUUCCCUGUCUACUUUACUCAUGUGGAAGAGGUAGGGACCCCGAAUGAUCUCUGAUUGGACAAAAUAUGAUAUGUAGAGCAGACAUGCCUCUCUGACAUGUACUGUAAGGUAUCAUGUCAACUCAAUUCACUGCAUUUAACCCUGUGUGUGUUUAUCCAUGUUAUUUGUCUCAGUGACAGACCGUAUGCUGGAGCGGAACCCUAAGGAGGAGAUCCUGAAGGCCUUUAAGCUGUUUGAUGAUGACGACUCAGGGAGGAUCAGCAUGAGGAACCUGAGACGUGUGGCCAGAGAGCUUGGAGAGAAUAUCACAGAUGAGGAGCUACGCAGCAUGAUAGAUGAGUUCGAUACAGACGGAGACGGAGAGAGUGAGCGCGCACACACACACACACAGGGAGCAAACACGGCAUACUCACUCACACACAUUCAGCCGAAUAACCAUCCAUUUAAAAUGUUAAAGUGACGUUCAGCGUUCAAAACAAAGUUUUCUCUCUCUUUCUCCCAGUCAACCAGGAGGAGUUUGUUUCCAUAAUGACUGGAGACUCCUGA